AAGCGACCUUGAUGGCUUGUUUUGCGUUUCAAAUUUGGUGACCCUCGGAGUCGUCAGCUGCGCCUGUGUAGACCGUGAUGUGCUCUCUUGACUUGUCUGCGAUAGUUCGAGAGUCAGUGGAAAAAUUUGUGGCCGUGUAGUUGUUGUUAAGCUCCACCGAACUCGCUCUGCAGUCGCCUGUCGUCAGUCUUCGCGUAGCAAAGAAAAUGUCCACGGCGGCGGCGUCUCGGCACGUGGUGGCCGUGCCGUUCCCCGGCCGCGGCCACAUCAACCCGAUGCUCGUCGUGUGCCGCCAGCUCGCCGCCGCGGACACCGCCCUCGCCGUGACCGUCGUCGUCACGGAGGAGUGGCACGAGCUGCUGGCCGCCGCGGGUGUGCUCGCCGCGCUCCCCGCGCGCGUCCGCCUCGCCACCAUCCCCAACGUCAUCCCCUCCGAGCGCGGCCGCGGCGCCGACCACGUCGGCUUCAUCGAGGCCGUGCACGCCAGGAUGGGGGAGCCCGUGGAGCGGCUGCUGGACCGACUGGCGCUGGAGCGGAGGCCGGACGCCGUCGUGGUCGACACCUACCUGACGUGGGGGGUGGCGGCCGGCGCGGCGCGCGGGAUACCGGUGUGCUCGCUGUGGACUAUGCCGGCCACGUUCUUCUUGGCGUUCUACCACAUGGACCAGUGGCCGGCGGCGGAUGGCCCCGAAGGGGAAGAAGGACAAAGCUGCAAGUCCUUGGAUCAAUAUUUCCCGUUCCCAGCCCUCUCAUCAGUAAAAUGCUCUGAUAUCAAGGUCUUCCGCUCCUGGGAGUUGCCGAUGAAACGAGUUGUACAAGUGUUCUCCAACGUGCGCAAAGCACAGUGUGUCAUCUUCACCUCCUUUUAUGAGCUUGAAUCUGGUGCCAUCAAUGGAAUAUCACAAGUGCUCCCAUGCCCCGUAUAUACAUUUGGUCCUUCAAUUCCGCAUAUGCCACCAGAAGGCAACUCAGACAAGAUUCAGCAUGAGAAAUACUCUGACUGGCUGGAUGCCCAACCGAAAAAAUCAGUGAUGUACGUCUCAUUUGGCAGCUAUGUUUCGAUGCCAUCCUCACAGUUGGAAGAGGUCGCCAUGGGGCUUCAUGACAGCGCAGUCAGGUUCUUCUGGGUGGCCCGGGACAAGGCCACCACCACCACUCUACAGCAGAUCUCCGGUGACAAGGGCUUGGUGGUGCCAUGGUGUGACCAGCUGAAGGUCCUGUCCCACCCCUCUGUCGGCGGCUUCCUGAGCCAUUGUGGGUGGAACUCGACCCUGGAGGCCGUGUUCACCGGAGUGCCUGUGCUCGCGUUCCCCGUUGCUUGGGAUCAACUGGUGAAUGCCCGGCUUGUUGCUGAUGAAUGGAAGAUUGGGAUUAACUUGAGGGAACAGAGAAGGGAGGAUGGCGCUGUCAGCAGGGCCGCGAUGUCUGCUGCUGUGACAAAGCUUAUGGAUCUGGGUGAUGGUGAUAGCCUAGAGAUGAGAAGAAGAGCUGAAGGACUGCGGGAGGCUUCACACAGCGCAAUUCAGGAAGGUGGAUCGUCAGGGCGUUCUCUGAAAAGUUUUGUGCAAGAUUUCAUCAAAGCAAAACUGAAUGUUGCGGAAACUUCACGGUAGCUUUUGAUUCAUGUAGUAGGGUCAGUGAAAGCACCUGAAACAAAUAAUUGUAUUUGCUCUUCUCUUUAUUAUGCGUGUGCGUGUGCGUGUGCGUGUGCCCGGUUUAGGCCCGCGUUGUAUCACUACUUUUAUCUCUUCUUAAUGGAAUGAUACGCAGCUCUCCUGCGUAUUCUAGAAAAAAAA